UAUCUUGCGUUGCAGACCGUCAAUUGCGCUUAACUUUCACGAAAUAAACGUUUCUAGCGUUUCAUGGUUCAUAAUUAAUUUUUGUGGAACAUACGUACGCAUACGUAUAUACGGAGUGCUGAAAAGGUGUGGUAAUACCACACCUAUCUCAGAGUCAAAAUGGAGGAAGAUCAUUUGUUGGCUAUAGUUUUGUCACUGUAUGCUCGCAGAAGACGCAGAGGAAGGAAAAGAAGUGUCUGGGUACGUAGAAUUUACCAACAAAGGUUGAAGCAAGGCGAGUAUCAUAAUCUUUAUCAAGAAAUGAGACUACAUGACCCUGAGAGUCACUUUAGAUACAUAAGAAUGACCAGAGAGAGGUUUGAUCUCCUUUUGCAAGAGGUUGGUCCAUAUCUGCUACAUCGCACAUAUAACUCGUCACUGAGACCACAAGUAAGCCCUGCCGAGAGACUAAUUUUAACCCUGAGGUAUUUAUGUACAGGAAACUCACAAAUAAGUCUUUCCUUCAAUUUUCGUCUGGGUCGAUCUACUGUAUGUGAAAUAUUAAAAGAAACAUGUGAUGCAAUAUGGAAUGCUCUUCAUCUUGCAUACUUGAAGGCACCAUCUACAGAACAGGAAUGGAUUAGAAUCAGUAGAAAUUUUGAAACAAUGUGGAACUUUCCAAACUGUAUUGGAGCCAUAGAUGGAAAACAUAUUGUAAUCCAAGCACCAAUGAAUGCUGGUUCCACAUUCUAUAAUUAUAAAGGAAAGCACUCAAUAGUUCUUCUAGCUGUUUGUGAUGCUGGUUAG